UUCACCACACAUGCGUCAUUGCCAAUAGGCGAAACAACCAGCUUUUUAAUGGCAAUAUCGUAAUUUAUCAGUUUCCACCAUCCUCGUUAAUAUCGAGCCUAGAGAUCCCUGAUUCUUCUAUAAACCAAAACCUCAAAAACCAUAAAAAACAUCUCAUCGAAAAAUGUUGAAGCUUUCGUGUAAUGUGACUAACCACUUACACACCUUCUCCUUCUUCUCCUCCGAUUCCUCCCUUUUGAUCCCGGUUAAUCGCCGUACCAUCGCCGUCUCGUCUUCUCAGCCAAGGAAGCCGGCUUUAGAUCCUCUACGGGCAGUUAUCUCCGCCGAUCAGGGAAGCAUCAGUCCUGUCAAUUCGUGUACACCGGCGGAUCGGUUCCGAGCUGGUCGAUUGAUGGAAGAUGGUUAUUCUUAUAAAGAGAAGUUCAUUGUUAGAAGCUACGAGGUUGGAAUUAACAAAACCGCCACCGUUGAGACAAUUGCUAAUCUAUUACAGGAGGUGGCAUGUAACCAUGUUCAGAACGUUGGAUUCUCGACCGAUGGAUUUGCCACAACACUCACCAUGAGGAAAUUGCAUCUCAUAUGGGUCACUGCGAGAAUGCACAUUGAGAUCUACAAAUAUCCAGCUUGGAGUGAUGUGGUUGAGAUAGAGACAUGGUGCCAGAGUGAAGGAAGGAUUGGAACAAGACGUGAUUGGAUUCUAAGGGACUCUGCUACAAAUGAAGUUAUUGGGCGUGCUACAAGCAAGUGGGUGAUGAUGAACCAAGACACAAGGCGGCUUCAAAGAGUUACAGAUGAAGUUAGGGACGAGUACUUGGUUUUCUGUCCUCGAGAACCCAGACUAGCGUUUCCAGAAGAGAACAAUAGCAGCUUAAAGAAAAUCCCAAAACUAGAAGAUCCAGCUCAGUAUUCUAUGCUAGGGCUUAAGCCUCGUCGAGCUGAUCUGGACAUGAACCAACACGUGAAUAACGUCACCUACAUCGGAUGGGUGCUUGAGAGCAUACCUCAAGAAAUCAUUGAUACGCAUGAGCUUCAAGUUAUAACUCUAGAUUACAGAAGAGAAUGCCAGCAAGAUGACAUUGUAGAUUCACUCACCACCUCUGAAGUCCCUGACGACCCGAUCUCAAAGAUUUCAGGGACCAACGGAUCUGCCACGACAAGCGUACAAGGACACAAUGAGAGCCAAUUCUUGCAUAUGCUGAGGUUGUCAGAAAAUGGCCAGGAGAUCAAUCGUGGGAGAACACAAUGGAGAAAGAAAUCCUCACAAUGAUUUUCUUAUGCUUCUCCAGUGUUAGUGAAGUUACUGCUUCACGUUUAUAGUUUUAUUGUGUCUUCUGAUCAGAUCCCUUUUGGGGUUUAAGAUGGUACUGGAUUAUUGGUGUAGUGUCGCGUCUGUUUUGUUCAUUUUCUGUCCAAAUUUUGGGCUUUAAGCCAAAACGUUUCUUAGGUCUUAAUCUUUGCCUGCUUGUAUCUUUUCAUAAACUAGAUUUGUUCAUCCAAUUACAUAAGCUGAGUUUUUUAUUC